AUGAGCAAAGUGACGAGCUCCAUCAAAGCACUGGGGAAGAGACGAUUAUGGCAAGCAGCCCUCGCGAUUUUGCAGGACCUUGCGGAGACAAAAACACAAACAGAUCUUCGCCAUGUUACGGCUGCCAUGAGUGCUUGCGAGAAGGCAUCCGAGUGGCGCGCCGUCCUGUCCCUCGCCGCCGAAAGCGCCGUUUGCGCGGACGCCCGGGCGACGGGCGCGGCGCUGCUGUCGCUGGCGCGGGCGGCGAGGUGGCGCCAGGCGCUGGACCUGCUUCGGGAGAGCCCAGUGGACUUGCUUGGCUACAUUGCCGCUAUGAACGCCUGCACGCGGGCCAGCCGCUGGCGGUAUGCCUUGGAACUGCUGCAAGAUGCGCGUUCAGCUGGUCACUCGCCGGAUAUCAAAACCUACACCACCGCGGCCGUGGCCGCGCGUCGUGGAACUUGGCCGCUCGCUUUCGAGGUUCUGGCAGAAGCGCUGGCCGAAGGCCUCCAGGUGGACACUGCCUUCUUCAAUUCCCUCUUGGGCGUUUGUCUCGACGCCGAAGGCACCCCAGGUGCCUGGGUGGCUGCCUUGCAGUUGCUCGCAGAGAUGGGCAAGAUGCAGUGUCCUGCUGAUGCAGUGAGCUUUGCCACCUGUGCUCGCACCUGUGAGCGAACCCUGCAAUGGGAACAGGCAUUGGCUCUCUUCGAGGUGGCACGAGCUGGGCAGACAUCAAUCUCUGGGCUUCUGAAUGCUGUGUCUGGCGCCAGCGGCCGUGCCGGACGAUGGGAAGAUGCCAUGAGCUGGCUGCAGGUGGCCUGCGAACAGCGUCUGGACAACGUAGUGACCUACAACACAGCGGCCAAUGCUUGCGUGAAGGCAGCGCGCUGGAGCAAGGCGCUGGACAUUUUCUCACGCACUCCGGCUCCAAAUGCCGCGAGCUUUACCACUGCGCUGCAUGCGUGCGAGGAUCACUGGGAAGACGCCUUGGGUCUACUUGCAGACAUGACGGCGGCUGCGCUUCAACCGGAGCUCGCUGACUUUCGGACGUAUGCAAGGGCCUUGGGCCGUGCGCGGCACUGGCAGCAGGCCGUGCAGCUGCAACAGAUUGUGAGAGGUGAGAAGCUCUCAGAUCGACGAGGAUCCCUUUGGAGUGUGGUGGCAUGGGCCUGCCAGGCGUCGGGAGUCGGUCGCCCUUUGGUUCCACGUUGGAUGCACCUGGGCGCCUGGAAAGAGCUGGAGUUGCUGGCGCACGUCCAGCACGUGGCGCCCAGAGGGAGCAUCGACGCAGCGCUAGACGCCGUGGAGGAUUUUGCACAGAAAGUUCAGUGGCUGAAGGUCCUUGGCGGCGCCAAAGCACGGCUGUUGCAGAGCAGCUUGCGCCCGGGGGACAAUGUGGUGGAGCUUGGUAGCUACGUGGGGUACUCUGCCUUACUGCUCCUUCAGCAGCUGCGGAAACUGGGAGGGGGAGGAACUGUGACCACGUGCGAUCAAGACGCUGCUGUGGGGCUGAUAGCAGAAAGGCUGCUGCAGUGGGUGGAUCCAACACAAUGCGAGGUGAUGCUGCUGAUUGGUCGUAUUCAAGACUUGUCAGCAUGCCCGCGCUUCAGAAGCGCAGACUUGGUGGUGCUGGACCAUCAAGCUGCCCGAUAUGGGCCGGACCUUGCCAUGAUGCUUCGGCUUCGGCAAGGGGCGCUUCGCUUUUUCGCAGACAACGUCUUGCACCCUGGUGCGCCAGCGUUUCUCCACUUUCUGCACGAAACCGACAGCGAUGUCGCCCUGCAUGAAGUGCUGGAGUUUGCUCACUCACCUGCAGUAGCAGACUGGAUUGUUCUUGGCCAAGUGCGAAGGUGUGGAGACAUCCUUCCAGCGUUCGAAUCUCCGCCGGAGAUUCGCUGGUGGUCCGCGGAGGUGGAGAGUAUUUGCCGCUUCAGCCGGCGACGAGGGGCAGAUCCAGAUUGGCUCAGCUUCCAGGAAGAGCUGCGCAAAGUUUUGCGGCCAUGGGCCGAGCAUUUGAAGCGCUAA